AUGAUGACAACAAUGAAAUCUAUUGAAUGUUUGCCGAACGAACUUUGGUUGUUAUUUAUGAGUUUUCUUCCACCAAUCGAUCUUUGUAGAGCACUGGCUGGUCUUAAUCAUCGUAUUAAUUAUUUACUUUCUUCUAUGACUCCCCGUCCCGUUCUCGAUACAUCUCAAUGUGCUGGUGAUGGAAUAUGUUUUUCUGAUCUUCUUCAAUUAAUCGAAGGCAAAGAUAUUUGGUCUCAAUUUCUUCUUUCUUCAAUCGAUACAAUUCGUCUUUAUGACACACUUGCUAGUGAUGCACUUUGUAAAUACUAUCAAUCUCCAAAGCAUUUUUCUUCAAAUCAAACUUCUUUCUCACAUUUAUUUCCUUCACUUCGUCGAUUGUAUAUAACAGGAAUUUCUGAUAAAAUCGAAAUAUCACAACUGUUUGUUCCAUUAUCCACUACGCUUUGUGAUGUUUAUUUCACAUUUGAUGCACCUAUGUGUCGCUCAUCGUACUAUAAAGUGGUGAAUGGUUUUACUGAUCAUGGUUUAUCAUUUUAUCGUAUGGUAUUUGAUGUUAAAGAUGAUGAUAUUAGUGAAUAUUCGGAUUCAAAUGAAUAUGAAUGGAAACGAAUGUAUUUACCAAAUACUGUUUAUUUAUCACUCUAUAUCAAGCGAUUAGAUGAUCUAUUCAAUCUUCUUGAUACUCAAGCAUUACCUGUUCUUGAUCAUCUCAGUGUUGCUUUUAUCACACAUGAUCUCAAAUACGAUGUAGAAAUGAUGAAUGUUAACAAUAUAACAAGUCGUUUACGUUCUCUCAAACUCACACUCAAUCGUCUUAACGAGUUUCAAAAAUAUUUUGAGACAAAGAAAAAUCUUCCUGCUCUUCAUCCAUCAUCAUUUCGAUUUCUACUUCGUUUUCCUGGUGAACUUGAAAGUAAAUGGAAUAAAUAUCGUUAUUUGCAAUGGCCACUUGAUGUUGUCAACAUUGAUCAUUGUCGUGAAGAGCAUCGUUUAUCUGUUGUGGCAUACUAUCGUUCAGAAACAUUAUCACUACCAAAGAAAUAUUCUCUUCUUAUUUUCACUCGUUCAUCUCUGCCUUUCCAUCGAAUCAUACACAAUUAUUCUGCUGCAAUGACACUCAAACAAACAUCAUCAACAUCAUCAAUUGAAUGGACUUGCGAUUACCUUGACAAUUCUGAACAAAUUUUUGAAGUUUUGUCAAAGUUUGGGACGAUAAAGAAACUCAAAAUUGAAACAUGGUUUGGAACAAAAUUGCAAAAUAUUGCUGCUAAAUCUAUCAUCUUUUCAUCACCAUAUAAUCGACUCCAAUUAGAUAAACUUCAUUCACUCACAUUCUUCACAACUGAGAGUUCAGGCAACUUUCUAUUUAAAUCGCAACAACAUUUCUUUCUCCGUGUACUUCUUUCAGCAACAACGCAACUUGUUAAAUUAACUAUCAAUUGGAAUUAUAUCAUGAGCAUCGAUUCAAAUUUUACCAGAGACCAUUCUGCUGUCUCACCUCUCAAUUUACGUCAUUUACAUUUGCGUUAUUUCAAUGUAGAUGAACAAAUAAAUUUAUCAGAGUUGACCGACAUUUCUCUGCUAUCGAAAUUAUUUCCAAAACUUAUUUCAUUCUGGACGAGUGGAUGGAAUAUACCUCUGGACAAAAAUUUUGCCGAAUUAAUUAUAUUAAUUGUUACUCAUUUUGAAAAACUCGCUGAAAUUAUCAUUAACAAAGACUCUCAUUAUCGACAUUUAGGUAUUCAUGGUCAUGAUUUAUUAUCUACUCAACAACGUUAUGUUGAAAACUUAUUAAGAAGUUUUCAUAAACUCCACGAUCCAAAUCGUACGAGUAUUCUUUGGACUAAUUUUCCUGAUUUGCGUAUCUGGUUAUAA